CCACAGCCGCCACCCAAGUGAAAGGAAAUCGUUAGCUUCCAGCCUGAUUGCUAAAAUGAGCAUACCAAAAUCGCCACUGGCGCCGGAGGGAUCGGCAGCACCCAAAGGAGCGACGACCGAUGCUAGCGCCGCCGGCGAGCGGAAGGAAGAACUGGACGGUGUGGCAUCGGAGGCAGCGUUAUUGUGCGAAAGAGUGGUGUGGAUGGUCGAAAGGACUGCGGCGGUUUCCCUUGUCUUGUUCCUGCUCAUCUUCAUCGUAUGGGGAUGGAGAUCAGUUAGCUUCUUGUUGCUCUCCAUGACCAGCUUGGCGCUCUUGCUGGGCUGUAUCGGGGGCCGGUUCCUCGUCAAGUACUUGGGCCAGCAGACCCAGGGAGAGGAUGAGUUGCGGCCCAAGCCCGUCGGUGUCGACGAUAAGAAGGCCCACGCAGCUAGCGAUAUUCGUCGGGCCCACGUCCGCCCCGCCUGGCAGCCGCCGCCACGUCGCGCUUCCGAGGAUGGGAAUGAAGGUCCCUUAGGGUUAGGGAUCAUGAGCGAACGUCUUGGUGACGAUGAGGUAGUGAGGAGCGCGCAAGAAGAAGAGGAAGCGCUGGAGAACUGGGAAGAGGAAGUGAUGGUCAUUGAAGCCCAGCUCUUGGAGGCUAAGGCGGCGGUCAACCAUUUCCGCCGGCGAAUCCAUCGGAGAAGCAAAACCUUCCCUUCGACGUCGGCCGCGACUUCUGCUGCUGAAGAGAAUAAAUAAUUGAACUGUGGUAGCUAGGGAGUUUUUUUUUAUUUGGCCUUUGACGGAUGAUGUUUUCUAUUUGCAGGAGGAUUUUAGUUUGAAUUCUUAACUUAACGUGUUUACAAAUAAAACUGGUGCAUGUGUAUUGACGUAAUCGAUAUUGAAAGGGAUUGCUCUAGUUCAGUUUAUUGUAUUAUUAAUACAUCCAAAUUUAAAGAAUAAUUAAGUGUAGAGUUUUAAAAUCUUUUCAUCAUUCAAAAAAUCCUGAUCUCUAGAGACCCUGCCCGAACUCGUCGGCGGACGGGGACAGUCAGUAGCCAGCCUAUGCCCGUUUAGUUGCCGGGGACGGGGAUAAAAGAGUUUCAGCCCAAUGAUAUCGGGCCCAUCAACCUUUUAUCACCUAUCCACAAAACCCUAUAAUUACUAAUUAGUAGAAGUUGGUUGGAUAUUAAAGACCAUAACCAAGA